UCUGCAAUUGAACUUGCUGAACCUGCAGCUCCCCCCUUCCCUGCUCUGCUGGAAGAAGGCAUACCUUCGGACAUCUAUUCAUCCUGCAUAACAUCACCAACAGCUGCAGAGACAGAAUCUAAGGGGUCUGAUCAAGAGGAGUCUGAUCAAGGGGAACAGCCCUGUCCAGAGGCAGAGUCCUUCGAGGUAGAUGUUGUGGCUGGUGUCACUGCUGAAGAUCAGAAGUCUGCAGCGUAUGAAAUCCCAAAUGAAAUUACUGGCAACCAUGAG